GAAGCGUGGCGUACGUAAUUGUCUCGGUAUUGUUUGGUUGUAUUGACUGCUGUGGUGGCUUCAGUGGGAAUUUGGCACUGCUCAAAUCCGAGCGUUGCUGCUGCUGCUGCGCUUAGUAUAGAUUUUCUGUCAGUGCUCCCAAUAUAAUUGUAUAUGUAUUAAAGAAGUGCAAAAUAAGUGGUGUAAGCGUUUAUAUUUAUCGCAUUGACGCGCGCUCACCAAUACAGUAACAAAUACUGCCAACCCUCAAAAGUCGCCGUUGAAGCCGCUGCUGCUGUCGCCGUCGUCGUCGUCGUCGUCGCUGUUGCGUCGUAACAGCAAGCAAAAAAAAAAAUAAAAAGAAAGAAAGAGAAUAACAAGUGCGCGAGUGCUGUAAAAUGAUUGUAGGCCGUGGACCGAGCGCAUUAGCUGCGCUGCUGCUGCUCUGCUGCUAUACAACGCAUGCAGCUGCCGCCGAUUUGGCGGACAAAUUGCGCGAUGAUUCGGAACUUUCACAGAGCACUGCCAAAAGCUUCAAGCGCCUUAUGCCAGUUAGGUUCUACAGUCUGCUGGAGCAGAAUCCUGUUGCCAAUGCGACGCUCUCGCUGCGCUCCUGCACCAUCUUUGUGCCCACUAACGAAGCCUUCCAGCGCCACAAGGGUCCCACCCAUGUCCUCUAUCACAUCACCACGGCGGCGUUCAGUAAAGAUCAACUGGAAAAGACCGUGUCAUCGGACAUGGCAGGGAAUCCGCCGCUCUACAUAACAAAGAGCCGCAAUGGUGACAUCUAUGUGAACAAUGCCCGCAUCAUACCCUCGCUCAGCGUCGAGCUGACAAACCGCGAGGGCAACCGUCAGGUCAUGCACAUUAUUGACGAGGUCCUGGAACCACUCACUGCGCUGCCAACUGCCAAGACAGAAAUCAAUAAUCUCGAUGCCCUGCAAUUUAUACAAAAGGCCGAUCAGCUGAGCGUCGGCGACAACAAGCUGCGCACCUAUCGCUCUCAGCUGGCGCUGAUGAAGAAGGAGUCGCUGUAUAAUGCGCCGGGAGCGCACACCUUCCUGCUGCCCGUGGACGAGGGCUUCAAGAUAACGACCCGCAGCAGUUUGGUGGAUGGCAAGGUCAUCGACGGUCAUGUUAUACCGAACACUGUCAUUUUCACUGCCGCCUCGCAACACGACGAGCCCAAGACUUCCGCUGCCUUUGAGGAUCAACUGAAGGUCACCGUGAGCUUCUUCAAGCAAAAGGACGGCAAAAUGUAUGUCAAGUCCAAUACAAUUGUCGGCGAUGCCAAGCAUCCGGAGGGCGUGGUCCUGUCUGAGAUUGUCAAGGCCAAUAUACCCGUGAAAAACGGUGUCAUCCAUUUGAUUCGUCGCCCGCUCAUGAUCAUCGAUACGACCGUCACACAAUUUCUACAGAAAAAUUUUGGGUGUAAUUCGUUCAAGUUCGUGAACGACAACGGUGAGAAUGGAGCAUUGCGCAAGUUCCUGGAGGUCAUCAUGGACUCUGGCGGCGCAGUGCUGGAUGGCAUUAACAAUCUGUCUGAGGUAACAAUUUUGGCGCCCAGCAACGAAGCUUGGAACACUUCCUCCAUUGACAAUAUUGUUAGGGAUCGCAAGAGGAUGACAGACAUUCUCAACAUGCACAUCAUCAAGGAGCGCUUGAACGUCGAGAAGAUCAGGCAAAAGAAUGCAAAUAUGAUCGCUCAGGUGCCCACCGUGAAUAAUAGAACGUUCCUGUACUUUAACAUCAUUGGCGAAGGCGCUGAUGCCAAGAUCACCGUUGAAGGCGGCGGCGUUAAUGCCACCAUCCUGCAAGCAGAUGUUGCUCAAACGAACGGUUAUGUGCACAUCAUUGAUCACGUGUUGGGCGUGCCCCACACCACAGUGCUGGGCAAGCUGGAAACCGACCCCAUGAUGAGUGAUACUUACCGAAUGGGCCAAUUCUCGAACUUUAACGAUCAGCUGAAUAAUACCCAGCGCCGGUACACGUUCUUUGUGCCCCGCGAUAAGGGCUGGCAGAAGACUGAACUGGACUAUCCCUCGGCUCACAAGAAGCUCUUCAUGCGCGACUUUGCCUAUCAUUCGAAAUACAUCUUGGAGCGCCAUCUGGUCAUUGCGGAUCAUGUGUUUACCAUGAAGGACCUGGCUCAGAUGUCCCUGACUACCGACAAUGUGGUGCUGCCCACAUUCCGCGAUUCACUCAAAAUGAAGGUCACUGAGGAGGCUGGACAUCUACAUGAUGAGUAUGCUAGUCACGAAUGGACUGGGUAUGUGAUCACGUGGAAUUACAAGAAGAUAAAUGUGUAUCGGCCGGACGUUGAGUGCACCAAUGGCAUCAUACAUGUCAUCGACUACCCGUUGCUGGAGGAGAAAGACAUUGUUGUUAGCGGAGGUUAGAUAUUGUAUAACUAGCCUCUCUCUCACUCUCAGUCUGUGCGAAGAGUGCGCAACAAGUGAAUUAUAAUAAUGAUAUUGAUAAUGAUAAUAAUAACCACGUCGACAAAUACAGUAAACUAUCAGCCUCAGCCUCAACGUACACACAAAACCGCCAACCUACCAACAAGACAAGCCCCAAUGCAUCCAUAUUAUAUCAAAUAUAAAUAAUUAACUGUAGUCAAAUAGUGACUAAUCCCUCCAUAUCGAGAUUGAUCCUCCAGACCCUCCUCCAUAAUAUCUUUAGUAGGCAUCGUUGCUUGUUUUGCAAAACAGUUUAGUUCGUCAGUGUAGCUAAAGAAAUUGAAGAAACGAAACUACAAGUAAAGAGUAAAAACUAAAUGUAAAGAAUACGCUAAAUCUAAUUGUACACGUAAAAGCUUUAAACUUUGGUCGGAAUAUGGAAGAGGGAUUUGUAUGCCGUAGUCAGUAGUUGCACGUUAGGCAGCGGGCCCAGACUCUAAUCGAUGAUGAUUCAACGCGAGAGAGUUGGCUGCCUAGCGUGUGACUAGUGCCUUACUAAAGAUAAACGCAUUACCUUAACCUUUAUACAAAUUUACUCAUCAAAAAAAUAAA